AUGAGACUGGUGUACGGCACUGAUCAGCAGUGGCGAGGGCAGGCCGCGCCCUGGGCUGCCUCAAGCUGCAGCAUCAAGGCUUUGGCCGUGCUGGCGGGCAAGGCGCUGCUGGUCGCCAAGGUGGCUCUGGUCCUCGCCUCGGUGUUGGGCUUGUCCCACCUAGUUGGCCACGGCCAUAAGGGCGGCACCACCUACGAGAUCGUCAAGCACCCAGUGGUGUCUCACGGCUACUCACACUCUCAAGCUGUCCUGCCUGCCGACGACCACCACCACUUCGAUGUGACUGCCGUAGGCCACGGCGGCGGACACGGAGGCGGAUUCGGAGGCAACGUCGGCGGCGGCCACGGGGGCGGGCAGCUGUACG